AAGCAGAUUUUGAGCUCCAAGUGUCCAGGGCAUUGCAAAGCGCCUGCCACCUAUACGCUUAUUUUGAGGUCGACAGGGCACUCAGACCGGUAGACUCUCCACGACUGCGCGCGCGCUAGCCAUUUGCCGCAUCGUACAUCGCAUACGCCGCUAGGCCACCAGGAGGCUCACCGAGCACAACUCAGCAGCGACGCCCUUACGCGUCGUCGACGCGCGCGCGAAGCUCGCAGUUAGCACUCGUAAGGCCACUGCAGACAAGAAAGACAAUGUUUCACGCGCCGCGCCCACACUAUCAUCAUCGCCGCCGAGGCCGCAACGACCAGGGCGCCAACAUCAGCCCCAUGGUCAUCAUGCUCUGCAUGAAGGUCUGGCAGGCGUACCAAGACUCACCCGUGAAGCCGCCGGUCAAAAGCAGUGUCCAGGAUCUUUCCGCGGCGAUGGCGUGCUGGUGGGCUAGAGGUACUCUCGAGAGCAACGGGUCGCAACGCCGUCGACGCGCGCAGGUCACGUUCGCCCUCGCGGCCUACAACAUAGCCGCCCACGUCUACCCCGCAAUCGCCAUGCCGUUCUCAUUAGGACAGGUGUGCUUUUCAACCGGCGCGUUCUGGGCCGCGUGGUGCGCGCGGGACUUGGUCGAGGUCGCGGUGCGGACCUUUGGGUCCGUCUUCACGCACGCCGACGACAUGCACUUGUACUGGAACAUGGGCUCCUUGUUGGUGAAGGGCGUCUUGCUCGAGGACCGGCUCGGGUCGGAAGCUUUGGCUGUGUUCGUGGCGUUCUCGAUCGUCGCGUCGUCAGGCAUUCAGCUCGUGGUCGCCCCCUUCCUGGCACGGGCUUUUGGCUACGACUGUGGUUGUGCCGUAGGCUUCUCCGGCGUCCUAUUCGCGAUGAAGGUCGUGUUGAACUACGGCGACCACGCGGCCGGCUCGGACGCCACGUCGAGCGUAUGGGGCGUCCGCGUCGCGUCGCGCCACGCGCACUGGCUGGAAAUACUCGUGAGUGGCUACCUGUCGCCGCGCUCGUCCUUGGUCGGCCAUGCAUGCGGGGCUCUCGCCGGCAUGUGCUGGCUCCAGCUACCGCUCUUGCACGCGCUCAUCAAUACCUUCAAGGCGCCGGCGCCUGCGCGCAACCGCUUCACGGACGGGCGGGGCACCGCCGGCGCGCCGAGACGCCCCGCGCCGCCGCCCGCCGAAGACCAGCCCAUCCCGCCGGCCAACCGGGACGCGGACGAGGUCCGCCGCCGCCGGGUCGCGCGCUUCGGGUGACUCUCUUGUCCUUUCCCCCUCCUGUUGUCGUUCUAAGAUGAUGUUCCCCUG